AUGCUGUGGCUGCUGUUCCUGUCCCUCCCCUGCCUGGGGGCCUCUGUGCCCGAAAUCCCAGCGCCUGCCCCCGAGAGGGAGUUGGUGGGCAUCGUGGGGGGUCACAGUGCCCCCCAGGGGAAGUGGCCGUGGCAGGUCAGCCUGAGAGUCUAUGUUUACCGCUGGGCCUCCUGGGUGCACAUCUGCGGGGGCUCCCUCGUCCACCCCCAGUGGGUGCUGACCGCAGCCCACUGCAUCGACCGGAAAGACGCCGACCCGUCAGCCUACCGGAUCCACGCCGGCAACGUGUAUCUGUACGGGGGCAGGACGCUGUUGAAUGUGAGCCGCGUCAUCGUCCACCCCGACUACAUCACUGCCUUUCUGGGGUUUGACCUGGCCCUGCUGAAGCUGGCCACCCCCGUGAGAAUGUCCAGCAGGACUCGGCCGGUCACCCUGCCCCUGCAGAGCCUGGAUUUCAGCCCAGAGGACGAGUGUUGGCUGACAGGCUGGGGCAGGGGCUUCUACUUCGAGCCGCUGAGCCCCCCCUACCGCCUGCAGCAGGUGCAAAUCCCACUGGAAGAGGAGGGGGCCUGUGAGCAAGGUUACCGGAGGUUCCUGCACACCAGAGCCAAUGGCAAGGUCAUCCCGGAGGACAUGCUGUGUGCCGCCCCUUCUUUGGAAGCUCGGGCCCCCGUAAUCGGGGUGCCCUCACUGACACCAAAAGGCAGAAAGCACCGGGGGCGAGUGGAGCGCCACCUCCCGGCCCGGAAAGCAGUCCCCCUAGAGAAGUGGACAGUGCAUGGCAGCCGGCGUCGUCUCAAAGAGGCAACGGCAACCGCGGUGUGCGUGUCCAUCGAGGCAGCUGCUUUACCGCCUGCUGCUUCAGCCCAACAGGCUGCCACAGGCCCAUCCCGGAGCUCAGAGCUCAGCCGGGGUAAAACCGCACACAUUUACGCCAACACUCGGUGUGCCUUCGGGGCCGCCCGGGAUCCGGAGACGUUCCGGGAGCAACAAGAUUUCCUUAGCUCCAAUGGGGAUGAAAUUUCAGAUGGCUCCUACGUCUGA